AUGGCUUAUGAUAUCGAACCAUCAAUGACUUAUCGCGGCCAUACGGCAGCCGUAAAUUCGGUUGUCCUUGGAUCGGAACAGCGCAAAUGUUACUCUGCAAGCAUGGAUUCUACUAUUAGAGUAUGGAAUUUACCUCCUCCAAAACGUGAGAUUUAUGGUCCAGUUGAUCCCUCAUUAAACUUAACUUCUUACAUUGGCCAUACGGAUGCCAUAUGGGACUUAAGGUUGUUCCCCAUCAGCAGUCAGAAUACUCGAUUAUUAGCAUCAGCUUCGGCAGAUGGAACAGUCAAAAUUUGGAAUACCGAAGCGGAGGGAUCACCUCUGAAAUGUUCUUGGGGUUAUUAUGGAAGUAAUGGUGGAGAAAUAGUUAAUGGUAUAGGUCGCCCACCUGUUCCGACUUCUGUCGAUUUUGUUAAUAAUGACUUGAAGAAGAUAGCCGUGUCUUUUCAAAAUUCCAUCAUAAAACUUUUUGAUAUUGAGACGGGACAGGAAGUUUUGUCAUUCAAAAGCGACGAAACGUAUGACAAUACUCCAGCGACACAGAUUAAUCGCAUAGUUUCUCAUCCUACGAUUCCGCUGCUAUUUUCUGCACACGAAGACAAAUACAUACGGUUCUUCGACACCAACAGUGGUAUGAUUUUUACGUGGAUUAUUUGA